UAUUGACAUGGUUGAUUGUUUUACAGUCUGCAUUAAGUUUUUAGCCUUACAUUGGCAGCUAAUCGCUUAGAUUUUAGGUUUCAAGUUUUUAGCCCUACAUGUAUGGAAGUUACUUUCCACACGAGCAUUUGUUUUCCCUUGUUUCUUGAGAGCCAACUAGUAUAGUAACACAACUUUCUAUGGACAGGAUACGGUAGUGGAAGGGGGGGGACUGACACUUCCUCCAACACAACUGAGUUUGCAUUGGCUAAAAUCUUGAACAAACCAGAGAUGAUGGAAAAAGCCUAGCAAGAGUUGGAAGAUGUAGUUGGAAAACACAACAUUGUAGAAGAAUCCCACAUCGACAAAUUGUCAUACUUACAAGCUGUGAUGAAAGAAACUUUGCGCUUGCAUCCAACCCUGCCUCUGUUAGUCUGUCAUUGCCCAAGUGAAACAUGCAUUGUGGGAGGCUACACCAUUCCGAAAGGAUCUAUGAUUUUCAUCAAUGUUUGGACCACACACAUAGACCCUUCGAUUUGGGAAAACCCGUUGGAGUUCGAUCCGGAGAGGUUCUUGGACAUCAAAUGGGACUACAAUGGGAAAGACCUCAACAAAUUUCCAUUUGGGUCAGGCACAAGAAUAUGUGUUGGGAUUGUAAUGGAUGAGAGUAUGGUGAUGCAUUCUUUCAACUGGAAAUUUCCAGAGGGAGAGAAGUUGGAUCUUUUUGAGAAGUUUCGGAUUGUGUUGAAGAAGAAGCUUCCUUUGGUUGCCAUCCCAACUCCAAGGUUAUCAGAUCCAGCAUUCUAUGAGUUGAACAAUGCUGCUAUCAAAUUCCUUAAAAUACUUCACUUGUAAUAAUUAAUACCAACUUAAGCCCAAAAAUAUUUCUUGAAAACCGCAUG